CGACAUUGAUACAGCAUCACAUCACCAUACCCUCUCCUUCCCCUCACGAGCUCUCGCCAAGCGCCAUCAUGUCGGACGACGAUUUCAUGCAAGAUUCGGGCGAUGAGCAGUACGAUUUCGAGUACGAGGAUGACGACGACGAUGACAGCGGCGAUGUCGACGUCGAGAACAAGUAUUACAACGCCAAACAGCUCAAGCUUACCGACCCGGAGGAUGCCAUCAACGAAUUUCUCGGGGUCCCUGCUUUGGAAGAGGAGAAGGGUGAAUGGGGUUUCAAGGGCUUAAAACAAGCGAUCAAGCUAGAGUUCAAGCUCGGCCAGUACGACAAGGCUGCAGAGCACUAUGCCGAACUCCUCACAUACGUCAAGUCCGCUGUGACAAGAAACUACUCCGAAAAGUCCAUCAACAACCUACUCGACCACGUCGAAAAGGGCUCCGAUUCGCCCGAAUCGUCCAAGUGCGUCGAGAAGUUCUACUCCCUCACCCUCCAGAGCUUCCAGAGCACCAACAACGAGAGGCUCUGGCUCAAGACCAACAUCAAGCUGGCCAAACUCCUCCUCGACCGCAAGGAAUACCCGGCGCUGUCGAAGAAACUCCGGGAGCUCCAGCGGGCCUGCCAGCGCGAGGACGGCACCGACGACCCCAGCAAGGGCACCUACUCGCUCGAGAUGUACGCGCUGGAGAUCCAGAUGUACGCCGAGACGAGGAAAAACAAGCAGCUCAAGCGCCUGUACCAGCGCGCCCUGCGCGUCAAGUCGGCGGUGCCGCACCCCAAGAUCAUGGGCAUCAUCCGGGAGUGCGGCGGCAAGAUGCACAUGAGCGAGGAGAACUGGGCCGACGCCUACCAGGACUUCUUCGAGUCCUUCCACAACUACGACGAGGCCGGCUCCCUCCAGCGCAUCCAGGUGCUCAAGUACCUCCUCCUCACCGUCAUGCUGAUGCGCUCCGACAUCAACCCCUUCGAGUCCCAGGAGACCAAGCCCUACAAGAGCGACCCCCGCAUCGCCGCCAUGACCGACCUCGUUGACGCCUACCAGCGCGACGACGUCCACGCCUACCAGGCCGUCCUGCAGGGCAACCAGGACAUCCUCGCCGACCCCUUCAUCGCCGAGAACAUCGACGAGGUCACCCGCAACAUGCGCACCAAGGGCAUCGUCAAGCUCAUCGCCCCCUACACCCGCAUGCACCUCGCCUGGAUCGGCCGCCAGCUCGGCAUCUCCGAGCCCGAGGUCCGCGACAUCCUCAGCUUCCUCAUCGUCGACGGCCGCAUCCGCGGCUCCAUCGACGAGCAGCGCGGCACCCUCGAGAUCCUCCAGGACCCGGACGCCCACCGCGUCCGCGCCAUGGCCCAGCUUUCCGAGGCCGUCGCCGACAUCUACCACGCCGUCUUCAAGGAGGGCGAGGGCUUCCGCGCCUCGGCCGCCUCGGACUUUACCGGCGACGAGCAGGGGAUGGACCUGUACGGCGGGGGUCCCAUGCCCAGGGCGCCGCGGGGGGGUUUCGGCCGGGGCGGGAGGCGCGGUCGGCCAGUACUGUAGGACUUUUGCUGGUUCUGAUCAGUAGUAGCUCGCCGCAGUCCUGAUUCGGGACCCAUUCCGUAGCCACUGCUGGCGGGCGAACGAUCGCUGGAGGAAAAGGGAGGGCAACUCAGUGUAGCGAACAACCGCCACCACAAUGAAUGAAGAGACGAAGACAUGAUUAGUCACUAGAAACAAUUUUUUUUUUCUUCAUCCUGUUCAUCAGAAUCAUUGGUCCGGGGUAAGAGGCAGUCAUUGUGCCGGAUGCCCCCGCCCACCCCCCAAGGUGACGUCGAACUUGAAGAACGUCCGGGGACUUCCGCCGGCGCUACGGUGGCUUGCCGCUGCAUACGGCUCCCCUCCUGACAACGCACCCCCCGGGUACAUCCCGAGCCUGCGGGAUGAUGAAGGCAAAGGAAGUGCGAUCGAUGAUGGAAGAGGAGGAGGAACGAUCGCAGGGAUGGACGGUCCAUGUUUUUU